GUCGCUACGUGAUAGAAUCCUCCGGCCCCUGGUCGCUGACAGAGAUACUGGUCUACGAAGCGUUCAUGCGGGCUUCAUGGGGCGUCAUGCCCCCGCGUUUGACGUUGGAAGUGGGGUCACCACGGAACAGAUGCACGAAGGAGCUCCUACUUCGCCGCUUGCACGUGUGGGGAUGAGCAAGCGUAGUUCGCGGCAGCGACGACAUAAGUACAGCGCCGUCGUCUGACGGUGUCAAGGAAUACGAUACUCCGUAGCGUCGAACGAAGAUGGUCAAGCGAAUUGCAGUCUGCGGCGCAACGGGAAACCAAGGUGGUUCGGUUGCUAAACUGCUACUACAGCACCCAGAUCAGUAUGAAGUGCGCGCGCUCACUAGAGAUCCUGCGUCAGCAACCGCGCAGGACUUGGCGAAGUUGGGCGCGGAGGUGGUACGCGCUGACUUAACCGUCCCGUCCGACGUCAAGGCGGCGCUCAAGGACUGCUGGGGUGUCUUUGGUGUCACCAACUUCUACGACCCGAAAAUCAAAGAUGAUCCUGGCAGCGAGGAAAGGCAGGGCAAGAACCUCGUCGACGCCGCAUUGGCCGCCGGCGCUGAAUGCUUUGUGUGGAGCACGCUCCCUAGCUCGAGGAAGAUAUCCGGUGGACGGCUGGUAUCCCGGAUCUACGAAGGCAAAUACCAGGUGGAUGAUUACAUCCGCGAAACGGGGCUCCCGGCCGUCUUCUUGUACACCGGUAACUUCUACGAGAACAUGGUCUAUCGCUCGCACAUGGUGUACCACCCUGACAAGGAUCUCGUGGAGUUCCGCCAACCCAUCGUAAAGGAGACUACCCAAUUGGCAAUGCUCUAUGUCGAGAAGGAUCUCUCCGGUAUCACGAAAGCGAUCUUCGAUAAAUGGGGAUCCCGGAAGGACGAGCUCAAUCACCAAUACCUCUACUGCACGAACGCUAGGUUAACACCACUGGACAUCACUGCGAGCGUCAAGAAGAUCACUGGGAAGGAAUGCGUGUACACUGCGCUACCAACCACGAACGUUCCCGACCGUGACAUCAUGUUCCAGCUCUAUAACGAGUUGGGCAUGUACGGCACAAAGGAGAUACCCGACGAGAACGUUCUGAAGCUGGGUGUGCAACUACAUGGUAUCGACGACUUCGUGAGAAGCAAGCUGGCGCCGCAUCUGGGACUGCCAGUGAUUGCCUGAGCACCAGGAUACGAGCGUACGGUUGAGCGCGAUAGCAGCCAGUAACGUAUGCAUUGACGGUGUGCAAUAAUGUCAUCCGAUCCAGUGUUGCCAAUGUUAUAUGCUGCGGUGCGGCCAACUCGGGCCAUUCCCAUCCUUCCCAGGUAAUAGGAAACAUGAUACCUUUGAGUUGUGAACGCUA